AUGUUGUUUGACGAUGCUCUUUCUUUCCUACGCUCCUCCGUCCCUUCCCCCCUAUCUUGUUUUGCCGGUGGCAUUUCCUGGUCGGCUGACGUGGUCCCUGCUAGCCAAAGACUCUACACCCUGAGUAUAGCCUACUUCACUACUCGCGGAAAUUCGAAGGGGUCAGUCUGGCCCUGUAGGUCACCCGGAUCGCCCUUGAUUUCCUAG